AUGGCUCAGCUGAUGGCAGACGAAGGCUUUUGCUAUGUAGUGAUUCCCUGUGAAGGGGAUAUGCGCCAGGCCUACUUUCCCAGCCCUGUCUCAGAGCAGAAUGACCUCGUUUUCAUUCGGGCUCUCAGGGCCGAACUUGGCAAGGAGGCAAUUUCGCUGGACGGCCUUCGAGAGAAGCUGCUGAAGGAGCUCAGCACCGGCGGCAUGGCAACCUCAGAGCUGCAAAAGCAGCAGGCCGAGCUCAAGCAUUCGCUGCAGAAGAUAGAGGACCCUCAGUUGGAGCUUUUGCAAGCCCUGCAAACGUUUGAGGUGAUCCCGCUGCGAGAUCCUUCUCAAGAUGCUGCGAAGAAAGGCGUGUUCCUCUUCCACGAGCGCGCUGGAAGUGGACCGGUCAAUGAGCGGGCCAUGAAGCUUUGCAUGGCUGCCAGCUUCCCGCCCAAGGAACUUUGUGGAACUUGCUUUCUCUCCCGCACAGAGGAGUUCAUUGAGCGAGACUGUGUGACUCCUUCUUGGCAACGUUGCGAUUUUCUGCUCGCGGACUGCCGCAAUGAUGCACAGUGGUUGCAGGAUGCACGGAGGUUCCGUGAUGAGUCGGGCCUCAAGCGGAAGGAGGAGAAUGCCUGGUUUUCCGGCUUGAAGGAUAGCGAGGAUCCUUUGGCCAGGGGCGAAUCGGAGCUCUAUGUGUGGAGCCAGACGAACGAGGAGGUAGAAAUCAUUUUCCAACCAGGGCCUUUCGCCGGCAUCCGAGCCACGAAGCGGGACAUCGCUGUGAAGUUUUCACGGAGGAGGCUUUUCGUUCGCGUACGCGGCCGAACUCUUUGCCGUGAUGUAGCGUUAGCCGGAGAGGUGGAUCCAGACAGCUCGUACUGGACCUUUGACAAGGACCGCUACGAGCUGCAGGUGACUCUGGCAAAGGCCUCAAAGGAGGCCUGGACUGACUUGCUCAAGGCUGGGCUCUCGGCGCAAGUGCAGCCUUGGUACCUCGACGAUAUCGCUGGUCUUGGCUGCUGUGCUGCGCUUGGCAUGAAGUUCUGGGAUGGGGAGCACCCAUCAAGGUUUGAGACUGCAAUGGUGACGAAGGUAAUGCUGUUCUACUACGCUGUGAAGGUUGUCAGUGAGAUGCUACACUUGGAGCAAGCUGAUCGCAUGGCAGGCACCCCGGACGAGAAGCAGGACAAGCAGGAGUUGGAGAAGAAGGUGAAGAGCGUUUUAGAGCCUCACCUUGUUUCUUUGAAGGCUACCUUGACUGAUGAGCUGCAGGGUGCAAUGCAAAGGCUGAUCAAGGGAAAUGCGAGCAGUUCCAGCUCGAGCAAAUGGAAAGCUCAAAGCGCAGACCUUGAAAACGGAGCCGCAUCCAUGGAGUCAUCAAGCUUUGCUGUUAGAGUAGCAGAUGCUGUUGGCGAGGAGGGUCUUCCAAAGGCAGAGGACCUGCCCAUGGUACGGCGGCCAGCCAAGAGGCGCUGGACAACUGCCACGGGCAGCAUAGGAGGUGCUCUCAGUACAGCAAUGCUACGAGUUGUAGUACCGACAUUACUCGACUGCGACACGCCAGCCACCUCCACGGUGGUGAGCGCCGCUGCCAGCGAAGUCGCGAGUGAUGGAUCGGAACCUUCAAGACGAUCUUCCUUGAAGGAUGUUGAGGCAAAGGCCUCACGCAAGCCGCGCAUCACCUUCCAAGGGGUGGAAGCCACUUGCGGCAGUGAUGCGGACGAUGAUGAGGAGGUUCAGGACGCUGGACACCCUCGAGGCAGUGACAGAGGCAGUGACACCUCUUCUGUCGUUUGGCGGGCUGACGCGUUGGACGUGGGCGAGAAUCUGGCGGCUGAAGCUGCUGCAAAGAAGGGCCACACCUCCGUGGAUUCCAUUGUGGCACUGGUGCAAACAGAGCGAGAGCGCUGGGAGGAGGAGAAGCAGGCACUGGAAGCCAGAGCUGAAGAGCUGAAGGAGCAGCUGCGGGCAAUGCAGGCUGUCCAUCGGCCUGAUGCGGAGAAAGAGGCCCUCAAGAAGGAGUACCAGGAUCUCCGCAAGGCCAUGAAGGCUCGAAGCAGAUUCGGCGCUUGGGUCUGCGCGAGACACAUGAUGGAAAGUGAGGACGAGGAGACUGACGCAGAGAAGGAGGAGCUCCGGCGAAAGAUGUCUGAGCUCUCCGCGAAAUUGCGCGCAGCCAAGGCAGCUAUGGGUGCUGCUUCCAGCGAAUCUGAUGUCUCUCCGAGCAGAAGGUCCCCGGGGCCACCCAUUCGGCGGAAGCACUGA